UCAGGACCCACAAGAGAGGAGCCUGUGUGUGGCUGGAGAGGAACAGACAAAAUAUCACCAAGAAAAAAGCAGAGAGAAAAAAGAGAUCACCCCCCUUGGAUCCAGCAAUAAUCCUGGGGAGCACACAGGAUCUACCUGCCACGUGUCACCAUCAGCUGGAAAAGAAGUCCUCAAGGAAGGCACUGAAUGCUCUGGGCUGCAGGAGCAAUUGGCCCAGCUCCAGAGUGAGAACCUUUCUCUCUGCCAGCAACUGGAAGAGAUGCAGAUCCAGGAUCUCAUCAGAAAAAGCAUUGUGAAUGUGGCACAGGACUGGCUUAAUAACAUCUCCAAGAAUUUCAGUGCUGAUACUCAGAAGAAAGUUAACCUCCUGGAAGAGAGAAACAAGGAGUUAAAUGCUGAGUACAAUGAUUUAAGAGAGCAAUUCCUUAAAUAUGAGGCUGACAAAGCAGAAAGAGAGGGCACAAUCAGACAGCUGCAGCAGGAGCUUGCUGAUGCUCUUAGAAAGCUGGCUGUGGCAGAAGCUUCCCUGGAAGUUAACAUGUGCCACUGCAAGAACCUGGAGGAAACCAAACUGGGCUUGCAGAAGGAAUUGGAAGAGGUUAAAACCAAGUGUCAGCAGCUGGAAAAACGACGUCUUCAGUCUGAGGGCUGUGUUCAUGGCUUGAAGAUUGCCUUGGAAAUUGAGGAAAGAGACCAGAGAGUCUCUUAUCAGAGACUGCAGCUCCUGUUGGCAUCUUCUGAGAAUACUGCCAUGAAACAACUGGAAGAACGAGUGAAGUGGUAA